UUUCCCCGAUUUGAAACUGAACAGUGCUUCCAAAAAUUUGUUUUAUUAAUAGAUGCAAAAAUGCCGUUAAUUAUUGAAUUAAACUAGUAUCGUAAUGCAGUGAGGUAUCGCGAUCACCAUCGGUUUUCUAUGAAAAACUAUGUCCUCAACGCAAAGCAAAAUGCGAGGUCCAGGAAGACCACCAAAAUCAAAAAAUUCUUGUACAUGGUGUGGAGAAACUAAACAACCAUUAAAGUAUGUUCUUCCAACGCAACAUGGGAAAAAGGAAUUUUGUUCCGAGACCUGUUUAUCCGAAUUCCGUAAAGCUUAUAUGAGAGGAGCCUGUGUUCAAUGCGACAAUGUUAUUAGAGGCACACCGGUGAGAUUGGAACAGAAAGACGGACCUACGAAAGAUUUUUGUUCCUCGUUCUGUUUGAACAAGCACCAGAAGAAGGAUGGACAAACUGACGUAAAAAAGAACAAUAGAGACCAAUCGUCACCUGCGCCAUCGCUUUCGCCAUCAGGAUUACUAAGUGGAAGUAAUGCUCCAACUACAACUCAGUCUUUCACAAAUUCUAGCAAUCAUACAACCAUGUCUCAUCCCCCAUCAACCUCAAGUGGCCCAUUUCAGUACGAAACAUAUCAAACUUUCGAUUGGGAUCUCUAUUUGAAAGAAACGAAUAGUCAAGCCGCACCUGUUGACUGCUUCAAACAGCAUGAAGUUCCACCAACAAACGAAUUCAAAAUGGGUAUGAAGUUAGAAGCCCUCGAUCCUCGAAAUUUAACGUCUACAUGUAUCGCAACUGUAGUCGGUGUUCUUGGCCCACGAUUGCGAUUAAGACUAGAUGGCUCGGACAAUAAAAACGAUUUCUGGCGUUUGGUUGACAGUAACGAGAUUCAUCCAAUUGGCCAUUGCGAAAAGUCCGGUGGCAUGUUGCAACCCCCGUUAGGCUUCCGAAUGAAUGCUUCCAGUUGGCCCAUGUUCCUUUUAAAGACGUUGAAUGGGGCAGAAAUGGCGCCCGCGAAAGUAUUUAAACGCGAGCCAAAAACACCCCGUUCAAAUAUGUUCGACGUUGGGCACAAGUUAGAAGCCAUAGACAAAAAGAAUCCACAAUUAAUAUGUACAGCAACUGUUGGUGCUGUUAAAGACGAUAUGAUCCAUAUUACAUUCGAUGGCUGGAGAGGUGCUUUCGAUUAUUGGUGUCGUUUCGACUCUAGAGAUAUAUUCCCUGCUGGUUGGUGUUUCAAAAGUGGUCAUCCGUUACAGCCGCCGAGACAAAAAUCGACAGGGCCAAACAGAUUUAAAUCGAGGACCAGCAAUGUGCUACCAGUAAUGGCAAUAUCGGGUGGAGGUACUAACGGAGAACCAGCUGUUGCUUUAGUGAGUCCUGCGGGAUCCAGUGCUCCUCCGCAACCAGCCACAGAGCCGGACACCAGUACAGCUAAUACCAAACCGCAUUCUUUAGAGAAUGUCACAAUUUAUGUAAACCACAAUUGUACCUGUGGUCCUUACUUUGAUCCUCGUAAAGUAAAAGCUAUGCCGGCACAAUUUGGCACCGGCCCGAUAUUAAAUGUUACACGAGAUAUAUUUCAAGCUUUCCUGAUGGCAGCAAUGAGUCCAAGACAAAUGUUAAGCUUAUUAAAACGUGGUGAAGGAGAGACCAUAAGCUUAAUUUUAGAGAGUAAACCUACUUCUGUUAGGUUACCGAUAUUUAUGGAUGAGGAGGAUUUUUACAUAUACAUAAGGCGGCAGCUCGAGGACCUUUGUGCGUGCGAACAUAUGUUGUUCAGGCGAAAAGAACCGUGUAAUAAAUGCCCAAAUACUCAGCAACCACAGUCGACGAAUAGCGAGGAAGCAGUCGCCGCUGCCGCGACAAACAGUACUAAUAACGCAGAAAAAAGAAGAUGGUCGUCACAAAGUCAGCAGAGUUUAUCGUCGAGUAUCCAGCCGCAACAAAUACAACAGAAUUCCGUGCCAAGUAUAAAUCAUUCUACAGUAUCGUCGCCAACAGUUGCGAAACAACCUAGGAAGUCUGUUCCAGAACUGGAAGCUGCGACAUCAACUACUCAAACUGAAAGUUCCAUAAAUCGUACAGCUUCGACCGAACCAGCGGAAUGGACAAUUGAAGAUGUAAUACAUUAUAUCGGUGUUACUGAUCCUGCAUUGGGACAACAUGCAGAUUUAUUCAGGAAGCAUGAAAUCGAUGGUAAAGCUUUAUUACUUUUAAAUUCUGACAUGAUGAUGAAAUAUAUGGGAUUAAAACUUGGGCCAGCCCUUAAAAUAUGCAAUCUAGUAAAUCGCAUUAAAGGUAGAAGGCACAUACUUCUAUGACUUUGUUAAACAUCAGACUAUAUAUAUAUAUAUAUAUAGUGAGUUGAAUCAACCCAUUAC